GCACGGCGGGAGUCACGUAGACCUCGGCUCUUCCUGCCUGCCAUAACCCCAAAGGAUUCGAGCACUAAUACGCACGAGUCAUCUGAACUCCGGUCCAAGUCCCACAGCAGAACCCGCGGAUCUGGUGCGUUCAGAGCGCGCGCUACCACCGCAGCAGGCACUGCCUACGGACGGGAGGGAGCACGUGCACCUUUGUGAUGCUGGCCCAACGUUCACUGAGGAUGAAAAUGAUGAAAGAGUGCAGCUUCUUCACAGUCUGAGUCUCAACGUUUACCAGAUCUCUCAUCCUGCUGGCCGUCAUGCUGCCUGAUGAGGCCCCCCCCCUGAGCAACAUGACACAUGUGGGCUGUGAACCCCCCUAUCAGAAGGACCGCCUGCCCCUGACACUUCUGUACAGCGGCGUGAUGGUAAUUGGACUUCCUGCCAACCUGCUGACCCUCUUCUUGAACUGGAUGCAGGUGCGCAGGAAGAAUGUGCUGGCCGUGUACCUGUGGGGCCUGUCCCUGUGUGACCUCACCUACCUGGGCACGCUACCUGUGUGGGCAGAUUACGUGAGCAGAGGUCACAUCUGGCAGUGGAGCUCCUUUGCCUGCAAAGUCACUGGCUUCAUCUUCUUCACUAACAUGUACAUCAGCAUCUUCCUGCUCUGCUGCAUUUCCUACGACCGUUACACCGCCGUGGUACACAGCCUGGAAGUGCGUGGCCUGCGCCAUCGCCGCCAUGCCGUGCUGGUCCUGGUUGUUAUUGUAUUUGUGGUGGCAAUUGUGCACUCCCCAGUCUUCAUAAUGAAGGAGGGGGCUGCAGAGGGCCUAAAGCGCUGCUUUGAGCCAAGUCAAAGCAGCGCCAUGGUGGCAGGCUUCAACUACGCCCGCUUCACCUUUGGUUUCCUGCUGCCGCUGGUGCUGCUGGUGUUUACAAACCAAAGGGUGCUGGCCAGCGUGCAACGCAGCACGGGUUUGCGGGGGGAACAGAAGCGGCGUGUGCGUCUGCUGGUGGUGGCUGUGGUGUUGCUCUUCUUGGUUUGCUUCACCCCCUACCAUCUGAUUCUGCUGGCCCGGGCCAUCAGCUUCCAUCUGGACAGCGGUGACUGCGAGUUCAUGUACACGCCCUACACCAUCUCCCUCGGCCUGGCCACCGUGAACAGCGCCGUUAACCCCAUUCUUUAUGUCCUAGCCAGCAAAAAUAUACGCAAAGACCUGUGGCAGGGACUGGCUCAGCUGUGUGGCCAGGAGAAUGCCGGUGUGCCCUCCAGCAGCAGCCAAAACCAGGUCCAGCAGUCCAUCAAGUCCUGAACAGUUCUUGAACAGAUUCACAAAUCUUUACCAAAGAGCGGACUGGACCCAGCUGAACCCAGUCCACUGGCUAAACUCUGGAGUAUGAAGAACAGUCCAGUUUCUUCUUCAAGUGAAAAAGGAUCAGAACACAGAAUCAGUUCACAGCUAAAUCAGUAACAGAAACAAGCCUGAACUGGAUCAGCUGAAAUCGGUUUUCAACCCUGUGGAUGCUUUAGAAAGACAAACCAGAGCAUCAUGCUCCGAUUCUGCAGACAUACAUUCAUUUUUUGUGUGUGAGUUUUUUUUUUAAUAAAGGUGGUAUUAUUUUGGGUCAGAACCAAAUAAGGCGAACCCACUUCAACUGUUGUAGUUACUUCGGCUAAAUGAAUAAUAUUUUUGGUGGAAAUUGUUUUGUACAGAAGCCUAGAAUGGCCCACGUUGGUUGUUUUUUCCCAUUGUCUCAUGAUAAGGACUGACUAUCAUGGGGGAACAUGUUUUUCAGUCGUGUCAACAGAUAGUAGACAUCAUUACUAGAAGACAACAAAUUUCAUUAUCUUGUGAUAACGAGAUAAACUUUUUUCAUUUUUCUACCAUCUGCAGCAAAACUAGUUUUUCAGUGAAAAUGUGGAACACAUUGGAAACGUGGUAUAACUUCUACUGAUGUUGUCAUUCAUUGACAAGGUCCAAAUCGGUCAUCAAGACGAGAAGGUUGGCUCAGCUGAAGUUCAGUAAUCCUUCAGUUCUUGGCAGCUUCCUCAGUGACCAGAUGAGGGGACCGGGCGUCUACACAGGGACAGAAUACUGGAAGGCUUCUGUUAUUGCAAGAAAAAAGAAGAUGUUAAGAAGAUGGUAGAUCACGAGAAAAUGGGCACAAAAAAAUCAGUGGGUUGUUCUCUGUUUUCCUAGUUUUGGUCUAUUGGUGAAAUAUAUUGCUAAUUCAAAAUUACAGCAAGACUGGGAACCAGGCGACUCCAGGCACCAUCUUCUUAAAAAAGUGUUAUCUGCAGAAAUCCUUCGUACUGACCGCUAACCCUGGAAAAGACUUAUUAUUUAUAUUUCUUAUUUUAAAACUAGGAGCCAUCGAGUGUUUACAGCGAUGGCUCCCCAACAAUGUCCACUCUGCCUCUGUCCCUUCACUGCAUGAUUUUAGCUUAGGGGUUAAAAGCACAUGGGGGGAAGAGCUGCAGCUGUCACCUGUAUUGUUCAGCACUUUUGAUAUUUUUUUUAUCAUAUAAACACAGUUAUCCAAGAAACUUGUAGAAAUGUUGACAUUUUCUAUAACCAAGCACAAUCCUGCCAAAUUAACAGCUAAUGUAACACAAAGUCUUCACACUGAUAUUUUGCCAACAUUUUCUUUUUAAACUGGCAUAAUAAUAAAAACAACAAAAACUCC